AUGCCUGAAACUUUACUUCAUUCGGUGAGUGUUUCUUCAAUUUUCCCAUCAAAACCUAUUAAUUUUGUUCAGAAAUACUUGUCCGGUGUGCCAGCUGGCCGAAAAAAUGGCGCUCGAAAUUCGAAAGACGGAAAAAUCGAGGAGAAGGAGGAGAAAGAGUUUGAUUUUAGUAGAAAAAUACGCGAGCUACGAUUGGAGUUGGAAAUCAAGAAGAGGGAGGAGGAACGGAUUGAAAAGGAUAUCGCCAUUAUUCUAGAAGAGAAUACAAUUGAUGGCGGAGAACAAAAUCGCUCAUUCGGUCUCGCCGUCACUCGUCUCAACAACAAUAUGCUUGUCGUCGAAAAUUCGGCGAAACAGUUGACCAGCGCUCUCAAAAACAUUUCCAGCCUCGCUGACACUAUCAGUGGGCGAGUUUCUGCGUUAGACGUCGCCAAGACACGUGUCGUUGGAUGUCUACAGCUUGCUGGGGAUAUGAGAGAUUUGGGUGUCUGUGCUGAAGGAAUCGACGACGCCAUCCGAUCGGAAGACUUUGAAAUCGCAUCUCAACACAUUCAUCGCUUCCUGACUCUUGAUCAGGCGGUAUUUCAAAUUCGAGAAUUUAAACAAAAAGAUGCCACCGACUCGAUUCGACAUAGUUAUGAAGUGCUGUCCUCCGCUAAAGAUCGACUUUCAAAGAUUUUGAAGUCUCGCCUAACAGAAGCUGUGCAAAAAGGAGACGUUGCUGAAAUGCAGCGUUUCGUAAAAUUAUUCCCAUUGAUACACGAGGCUGACGAAGGUCUGCAGAGAUACUCAGUGUUUUUGAACCAGAAAAUUGAUAAAUUGGCGGAGGAGAAUUUGGCGAUCAUGCGAGCCGGAGGCACGGAUGACAAUCGUCGGAACGUUCUGUACGCUGACACGCUCUUCAUGUUCUUUGAAGGCGUCGCUGAAAUUAUUGAAUCCAAUCUUCCAGUGCUAGAACACUCGUAUGGGUUGGAAAAGUUGUUGGAUUUUAUGUUUAUUCUUCAGGCGAGAAUCGACGAAUUCUUCAGACGCCUCAUCGAAGAAUUUGAUACACGUCGCCGUUUGUCUCAUCUGAAUCGCCAGGUUGCCGACGUCGUUCAUCACAAAAAAUUUACUGCUCCAGAAGGUUUAGAAGACGUGCCAGAUGCACUGGAAGUUGACGCCAUCGCUUCUGAAAUCUGCAUGAUGAACACGUCAGUAGAGAUGUAUUGGCGAUUUGUGUCACGUCGAAUAGGAAAGAACGAUGCGGACCUGGCAAGAAGUCCCUCUGGAGAUGGUGAUGAAGAAGAAGACGAAGAAGCGCGUCUGGAAAGACAACGUCUUCGAAAAGAGGCGAAGGAGCAGAAGAUGGAUCAGUUGUUGAAUAGAAGUCGUGUCGGGACGAAAAUGCAAGAGUUGAUAGGUCAUUAUUGUCUUCUGGAACAUUUUUAUAUGAUGAAAUCGGUCCAGAAGGCGAUCAAGUCUGACGCGAAAGAAGACGUGGGAACAUUGACAAGCUCCCUUGUUGAUGACGUCGUUUUCAUCAUUCGUAAAUCCAUCCGACGUGCUGCUGGAUCUGGAAACGUCGACAGCGUCUGUGCUACUAUUAACAACGCCACAGCUCUUCUGGAUACAGUAGUCCAUGGAUCUCUCCAUCACGACAUUCAAUCUGGAUACGUCACGUCUUCCAAUUUCGCUUCUGAAGCAUUCAUCGCCUACCAGCAAGGAAAACAGGUCAAAGAAGCUGCAGAAUCUCAAAAAGAGCAAUUUUUAUUGGCCGUGAAUAAUUCUGCAAAGCUCUCCGAGCUGCUAAUUGAGCUUCAAAAGGGGCUGAUAUCCGAAUGGGCAGGUGUUAAACGUCCGGCAGUUGAGAAGAAUAAAUUGGAGCACUCAACGACGCAAAUCGAAGAGUCUGCUAGAAAACUGGCUGCGUUGGCGAAACAUGGGGUUGAGGAGCUGUUCAAAAGUGCAUUUAAGAGUAGGAUUCGGCAAGGUUUAGCCGACCCAUACCAAAACAUUGAUCGUCAAAUGACAAUGCAGGAUGUCGAGUACUACGAGGCGCACGAUCCGUUCAUGGAGCACUUUUUGGCUCAAAUCGAUCGGCUACUAGUGGAAAAUGAGCCAAAUCUUUUCCCAGACAACUAUCAGACGAUCCUACUGCUCACCGCCACGGAAAUUGCUCGGCAAAUCGAAGGAGCCGUCGCGAAAUGCCAGUUUAAUCGAUAUGGAGCACUUCAGUUGGAUCGGGAGUACCGACAGAUAUGCGCGUACUUGACGAACGUCGCCGGAUGGUCGGCGAGAGAGAAAAUUGGACGAUUAGGACAGAUCGUCGCCCUCCUCAACGUGGAAACCGUCGACGAGGCGAUGGAAGUGUGGCACAACUCGAAAACGAUGACGACGUCCACAAUUCGAGCUCUCUCACUGCCAGAAGUUCGAAAGAUUCUGGCUCUUCGCGCCGAUUUUCCUACUGUAGCUAUCAAAUCAAUCGAGUAA